UCAAAGUGUCGGUGUGUUUGAAAGCGUGAACUGGUAUUUUUUUCUCGGUGGAAACUAAUCUUCAUGGAGCUUACAGUUGAAAAUAUGCGGUUUUAUUGAUGGCCGUAUUUUCAUUUGAGUCGCUUUUGUUUUACGCCAAAAUGAAGCGUUCCCUCGAACACAGCAGCCGAAAAAUAAGUUGAGCUUCACCAAAACAACCUCGAAAAUGGCAACAUGCAACAGCGAAGUAAAUGCAGGACUCUGUGCUGCGGUGGAGGUGAACCCAGACAUCCACAUCUGCGGCUUCUGCAAACAGCAGUACAACAACUAUGAGGUUUUUCUCGCCCAUAAGCAAAACGGAUGCUCCCUUCCCUCCUCUCAUACCGCGGUCAGCUCUGUGUCAGCCUCUCUUACAGGUUCCAGCACAGAGUUUGUUCUUGAGGAUGCUUACCAGGUCUGCGUGGUGAGGGGGGUCAAGAAGUCCUUGACCACAGCACAGAAAACUCCAUCCAAGAAACUAAAACCUGCCCUGGCCUCCAAAAGACAUUCCUGCUGUUUCUCAGGUUGCACUUUUAAGACACAGUAUGGCCAAAAAGACAUGGAGCGACAUCUCAAGACUCACACCGGUGAGAAGCCGUUUGAAUGUGAGCUCUGCCACAAGCGCUUCAGCCGGCGUGACAAACUGAACAUGCACAGCCGCUCCCACACGGGCGAGAGGCCUCACAAGUGCAAGCACUGCUCCUACGCAGCGGCGGACAGCAGCAGUUUGAAGAAGCACCUUCGGAUCCACUACGACGAGCGGCCAUUCAAAUGCCAGAUCUGCCCUUACGCCAGCCGCAACUCUAGCCAACUCACUGUACACCUCCGCUCUCACACCGGUGACGCACCUUUCCAGUGCCAGCAGUGCGACGCAAAGUUCAAAAUCAACUCUGACCUGAAGAGGCACCUCCGCAUUCACUCCGGGGAAAAGCCCUACAAAUGUGACUUUUGUGAGUACCGCUGUGCUAUGAAAGGAAACCUGAAGUCUCACACUCGCAUCAAGCACAGCACUGAGAACUUGUUUCAGUGUGAACAGUGCGACUACAAGUCUGCCAGCAGGUCGGCUCUGCGGCAACACACGAGGCAACACUUGCCCGCUCGGCCCUUUCAGUGCUCCAAAUGCACUUACUCAUGCUCCAGCAAGGGCGCGCUGAAAGUCCAUGAGCGGAUCCACUCAGAGGAGCGCCCCUUCAGAUGUGACUUGUGCAGUUUUGCCUCCAAGCGACUCAGCUGUCUGGUCACCCACAGAGAGCAAUGUCACUCAGAUAAAGCAGAGAGAGGAAGAGUCAGGAAUGCCGGCAGAGGUGGACAAAACUCUCCUAAGCCUGUCAGCUCUCGGUAUCGGGCCAAACUGGAUGCAGCCCGGGCCUUCCACUGUGACUUGUGCAAUGCAGCGUUUGUGAGGGAGGACUCGCUGCGCAGCCACAAGAAGCAGCAUAGAGACGCCCAGAACAUGGUGCAGUUCCAGCUUUCCAGCUCAGCAGACACGGUCAACCUAGUUCCCGUUACAAUGCCGCAAAGCAAUGCUCAGAUUGAAGUUCCCUUCCCAUCUAGUUCAAUGGUUUCAUACAAUAACGCACAGAUUAAAAUUAUCGUCCCACAGCCUUUGGGUCAGCAAAGCACCUUAAUUCCUGCUGCUGGGGAUGGAACAAGCAAAACCAAACUGGUCUUACUGGAGCCAGAUAACCAAGAUGUCGUCAAUCAAUCUAUGAUCCAACAAGUCAACCUGCUGGCAGCUGUGCAACCUCUCGGGUCGUCUUGUAGUACCAUCAGGCCCGAACCCCAGACUGUCGUGCUGACAAAGCUGAACUCAGACAAUAACACCCCUCAGGACUCUGGCAGCACACAGACUUUGAUCACCUACAGCUCUGAUCUGGAGGGCCUCAGCACCUUCAUUCCUGAUGGGGGCACAGAACUAAGAGUCGUGACAAAAAAGAGCUCACCAUUGGUGACAAUAGCAACUCCACCAGACAUGGUUGGCUCCAAGCCUGCUGAGCCUUGUCAAGAAGCUGGACUGGUGGUUCCAAACAUUGGCAUUGGUAGCCAGAACGUGGUCAUCCAGGGUGUCCCACUGAUAAUGUGCACUCAGCCACAGCAGGGCACGGUGGAGCAGCUUUCACCACACACACUCUACACAGAUUCACACACACCUGGAAGCAUGCUGCAAUGAGUGAAAUGAAAUGUACUUUGCAUUUCCAAUGAGAAGUUCACAUAAACUCGUCAUAGAAAGCAAGUUCUAUAUUAUUUUGGAGUUUCUUAUUAUUUAUUUGUGCCUUUCAUACAACAUACGCUAUGCUGCAAUACUUUUUAAAAACAACCAUUGGGUCCACAAAUUUAAUUUUUAAUACAUUAUGAAUUACUCAAAUCAUACACCUUUAGUAAGAAUGAAUUAAAUGUUGCUAAGCAAGUUUUCCCUUAACCAAAUGCUUUUAGUUAACAUCAGCAAGCCUUUUUAUUGAACAUUAGACCACUCUUUCAGUUUGUUUAACUUUGCUUUUAACCAUUGUCAAUAAAUUUUUAAUAGGUUCAAUGAGUGAGCCAAUCGGAAUUGGUCACCCAUUAUAUCUACUUAAACUUAGCCAGUCCUAGUCUUUACGGUUCCUCUCAAAACUGUGCGUACUGCUGUGAUAUGACAGAAUUUUUGGGAUAUAAAAGUAGAAUAGCCAACUCCCAAAAGAUGUUCCCAAUCCAAGAAAUAUAGUCCCUCCAAGGUGCCCUGGGUCUACCUCUGGGUCUUCUUUCAAUGGGAAUUCCCUAACCUCGCCAGGGACGAGUCUGGGAGGCUUCCUAAACAGAUGCCCAAGCCACCUCAAUUUCUCGUCUCUACUCUGAGUCCCUCCUGGAUGAAGGAGUGUCUCACCCUAUUUCUAAGGGACAUCCAGCAGAGGAAACUCAUUUCAGACCCUUGUAUCCAUUUUCUCAUUCUUUUUCUCAUUACCUAAUAAAGCUUCAGACCAUAGAUGAGGGCAGGAAUGUAGAUCGACUAGUAAAUCGAGAGCUUCACCUUUCGGGUCAGCUCUUUUCACCCCAAAAGACCGAUACGUGUUCAUGUCACUUCAGUUAUCACACUAAUUUUCCUGUUAAUUUCCCACUCCAAUUUUCCCUUUCGUGUGAACAAGAACUCAAGUUAAACAGCAUUACUUUGGGUAGGACCUCGCCCCCAACCUGGUGAAACAAUCUGUUCUUUUCCAGAUCAGGACCACGGUCAAGGUGCUGAUCCGUAUCCUGGCUGCUUCACAUUCUGCCUAAUGCCUCCAAAACAGAUUCCCUCAACAUCUUGGCAUUCCCUAGAAAUUAUGUCCAGAAAGGUGACAAAGGAAAACCUCUCAUUGGAAAAGUGUUGACCUUAUUGCUGAUAAUGCAGAUCAAGUUCUGACACUGGUUUAAUUGUUACCUCAUACUCCCAAAGUACUACCCAAAGGAAAACCCGAGCGACACGGUUGAACACUUUCUCCUGUCCCACACAAUUGAAUUCUUUUCAAAACUUUUUCCACAACUAAAUUGGUACUUAAUCCUUAAAAUUGAAACCUACAACUACCAACUCUGUUUGAAGAGAAAUCUAAAAUCUCAAUUGGAAAAUGGAGGAAAAAAUGGUUCAAACAAAAUAAAAAACAACUUGACCCCGAUGAAUGUAAGUAAACUUGUCACAGAAAUUGGGAAAAACUGCAACAAUAUCAACACUGUUGACUUGAGCUGCUGUUGAUUUGCCUGAGAAGCCUGGCAUAUGAAUGACAUCAUGUCAAGCUGAAAACAUGGAUGGAGCUGCAUUGCAAAAACGACAAAUGUUACCAAGUAUUUUUGGUCUAAUUUCUGGUGCUCAUAUUUUGGUUUUCUCCUUGCGGAAAGCAACUUUUCCACAAGAUAUAGAACCUUUUAUGUCAAUAACUCUUGACUAUUGAUUAAAACUAUCAGUUCCACUGGCAGAUUUUUUUUUUUACUUGUCACAAGAUAUUUCCAUAUUAAAAGUGAAAAAUAUCUUACAGUGGAGCUAGUAGUUUUGAUCAAUAUUAAACAAUUUAUUGACCUAAAACAAACUCUUGCAUGUUUUGAAAAAGUUACAUAUGACUUAGUUUUGUCUUAUUUCAAGUGUUCUAAUGUAUUUGCACUAGAAACUAAAAACCUGGUUAUGAUUUUGUGUUUUUGUAGUGUGUAACUAGCAAGUAAAGUGUUACAGUUCCUAUAGGCAGAUAAAUUACAGUUGAAAGUUGCAUUUACAGGCAAAGUCAAUGACACACUUACAGGAGUGAUGACAAACUGCAGCAUUUGUUUGCACAAUGUUUUCCAGUUCACUGAUAAAUGCCAUUGUCAAUAAAUUUGCAUUCAUUUGAAUUAUUUAUUUUUUAUUUUUUUGCUUUCAUUUAUUUGAGACAUGUUUCAGCUGAGUAAUAUCAUGUAAAGUGCUAAGGAGCCACAACUGGAACCUGAAAUCAAAUAUGUGAGGCUUAUGCAUUUUUUAGUUUGUCCAUAAGGGGGCAGCAGAGUGUCAAGAGUAAAGGUUGAGGUUAACUUUUAUAUAUUGCCUUGUUCAAAAAACGGGUACCAGAGGGUGUGCUCCAAUUAUAGGGAGGACACCCUCUGUCAGGUCUGUGUAUGACCGGUGUCAGAGUCUGGUCCGCAUUGCCGGCAGUAAGUUGGGUUCGUUUCCAGUGAGAAUGGAGCCCAACUCCAUCAGGGCAGCCGUUUCUCACCAAUUCUGUUCAUUACUGUCAUGUACAGAAUUUCUGGGUGCAGCCGAGGUGUUGAGGGGACCCGUUUUAGUGGCCUUAGGAUUGCAUCUCUGCUUUUUGCGAAUGAUGUGGUCCUAUUGGCUUCAUCAGGUCGUGAUCUGCAGCUCUCACUGGAGCGGUUCGCAGCAGAGUGUGAGGAUCAGUGCCUCCAAAUCCGAGGCCAUGAUCUUGAGCCGGAAAAGGGCAGAGCCCCCAAGUGGAGGAGUUCAAGUAUCUCAGGAUCUUGUUCACAAAUGAGGGAAGAAGGGAGCGAGAAAUCAGCAGGUGGAUUGGCGCGGCGUCUGCCAUGAAGCGGCCGCCGUACCGGUCCGUCAUGGUGAAGAAAGAGUUGAGUCAAAAAGCGAAGCUCUUGAUUUACCGGUCGAUUUACGUUCCCACCCUCAUCUAUGGUCAUGAGCCUUGGGUUAUGACCGAAAGAACGAGAUCGCAGAUACAAGUGCCCAAAAUGGGGUUUCUCCCCAGGAUGUCUGGGCUCUCCCUUAGAGAUAGGGUGAGAAGCUUGGUCAUCUGGGAGGGGCUCAGAUAAGAGUCGCUGCUCCUUCACAUUGAGAGGAGCCUGUUGAGGUGGUUCGGGAAUCCUGGUAAGGUGUUCCGGACACGUCCUACUGGGAGGAAGCCCCGCAGAAGACCCAGGACUUGCUGGAGGGACUAUAUGUCUCAGCUGGGCUGGGAACUGCUUGGGAUAUCCCAGGAAGAGCUAGGACACGUGGCUGGGGAGAGGGAAGUCUGAGCCUCCCUUCUGAAGCUGCUACCUCUGCAACUCGACCCCGGAUAAAGUGGAUGGAGGGAUGGAGGGAGCGAUGUUUACUUACAUAGUCUGCAUGUGCAUUUUUGUUGAAAGAAUACUUCCCAGUCCUCUUUUUGAAUCAACAGAUGUCAAUUGUAAAUAACAUUAGUUCAGCCAUCAAGGUCUUUGGUUCUAAAAGCCAAGCUUCUCCAGCAAUAGAUUUUUCAAUAAAGUGUGUUUUGCUUGUUGCCAUCUAUUAUUCUGACCAUUUUUACACACAGAUGUCAGCCCUCUGUAUUCGUAAGCAGAAGAUGCUUCACCUGAAUAGGAGGCUCCUGUGAAUUGAUUUCUU